CCACGGCGGCAACUCAUUCGAUCAAAUUUCCUCGCUACCGUAACUAUCUCCGUAGCUCGCCGGGAGAUCCAUCGGAAAACAAAAAUUUAUGUGGCUGAGCCGAGCUCUUCCUAUCCGAUACUUGACAUCCAACCGAAGACUCCAAAAACCGCCAUGGAUGACAACAUACCCUGCUGCUGCUUUCUACUCAGAUUCUCCGGAGAAGAAAGGAAAAGUCACGCCUUUGCAGGAGACUAGAAUGAGAGAUAGGUUUACUCUGUACGCACGUGGCGGCGAAGGCGGAAGUGGUUGUUCCAGCCUCCGACGUAGCCGUACCGAUCGCUUCGGCAAACCUGAUGGUGGAAAUGGUGGGAGAGGAGGUGAUGUGAUAUUAGAAUGCACACACGCUGUUUGGGAUUUUAGCGGAUUACAACCUCAUGUUAAAGGUGGGAAAGCUGGACAUGGAACUUCCAAGAACAGGAUUGGAAACAGAGGAGAAGACAAGGUUCUUCAAGUCCCCAUUGGGACAGUGAUUCAUCUUCAAGAGGGUGAGAUUCCAUCUCAAGUUCAAGUUAGCUCUCCCAAGAGUUCGGAUCCAUGGGACCUUCCUGGCACACUGGUCGAUGAUCCUGAAUCAGAGGACGUUGAUCAAGAUUCUUCUGUUGAAGCUGAAUCAGAGGAAGAGAGUGUAGAAGCAAUACAUCUAGACACAGAAAAGGAAACUGAUUUUGAAGAAGAAGGACAAGUCAGGUACAACGUUGCGGAGCUAACAGAAGAAGGCCAGAGCAUAAUCAUCGCACGCGGCGGCGAAGGAGGGUUAGGUAACGUAUCCGCCACGCGUUACUUAAGAGGCACCAAGUUCGCUAAAACCGCCACGUUGAGGACUAUGGAAGGCGAUUCUGAUGACAAUGCUGAUGAUGGUAACGGUCAACAACAACGCACGAGUUAUAAAUGCGGCUCCCUUGGUACAGAGUCCGUCCUGAUACUAGAACUAAAAAGCAUCGCCGACGUUGGUCUCGUCGGGAUGCCAAACGCCGGGAAAAGCACGCUGCUCGGCGCGCUCUCGCGCGCCAAGCCACGUGUAGGCCACUACGCGUUCACGACGCUGCGUCCUAACCUAGGAAACGUUAACUACGAUGACUUCUCAGUCACGGUAGCUGAUAUCCCGGGGCUCAUCAAAGGAGCUCAUCAGAACAGAGGACUAGGCCACAACUUCCUCCGACACAUCGAGCGGACCAAAGUGCUGGCUUACGUCGUGGACUUGGCGUCGGGGCUAGACGGCUGCGAAGGCGUGACGCCGUGGCAGCAGCUGAGAGAUCUUGUGAUGGAGCUCGAGUACCAUGAGGAAGGGUUGUCUGAUAGGUCGUCUUUGAUUGUGGCGAACAAGAUCGAUGAGGAUGGUGCGGAUGAGAGGUUGGAGGAGCUUGAGAGAAGAGUGAAAGGAGUGAGGAUUUUCCCGGUUUGUGCGGUUCUUGAAGAGGGUGUGGAUGAGCUGAAAGAUGGUUUGAAAAUGCUUGUGAACGGUGAGGGUGAGGGAGCGGAGAGGUUAAAGUUGGAGAAUAUUUCUGUUGACUAGUUUAGUUCCGAGUUGAUUACCGUAUAAGACACAUUGUGUCUUUGGCUUACACAAAAGAGCACAUUUUACUUGGUAGACACUUUGUCUUGUCUUCUAGUAGUUGUUUUGACACUUCUGACCUUGAUGAGGAUUCUUAUUAUUGUUAUUAUCAA